AUGUUGGAUAAAGCCAAGACCCUCCAGCCUGCCUAUGUCGGAAUUGUGCCGCUUGCAGAGACUGUGUCAAAGCAAGGGAAGAGCUGUUCAAGCACGUAUCAGGAUUCAUACCACAGCUUACGAGAAGUGCUGCAGUUGAAGCUCCAGCAGCGACGCACACGGGAGGAGCUGGUGAGCCAAGGGAUCAUGCCGCCUCUGAAAAGUCCAGCUGCAUUUCAUGAACAAAGAAGGAGUUUGGAGCGGGCCAGGACAGAGGACUAUCUGAAACGGAAAAUCCGGUCCCGGCCAGAGAGAUCAGAGCUGGUUAGGAUGCACAUUCUGGAAGAGACCUCAGCUGAACCCUCCUUGCAGGCCAAGCAGCUGAAGUUAAAGAGAGCCAGACUGGCAGAUGACCUCAAUGAGAAGAUAGCACAGAGGCCAGGUCCCAUGGAGCUGGUGGAGAAGAACAUCUUGCCUGUGGAAUCGAGCCUGAAAGAAGCCAUUAUUGUUGGACAGGUGAACUACCCAAAGGUUGCAGACAAUUCCUCCUUUGAUGAGGACAGCAGUGAUGCCCUCUCCCCAGAGCAGCCAGCCAGCCAUGAGUCCCAGGGGUCUGUCCCAUCGCCGAUGGAUUCACGGAUUUGUGAGCCUCUCCCUGGCACCACUGGCACAUCAGUAGCUCAGGGUACAUCCCAAUUGCAGAUUAAUGCAGAUGCCACUGAAACACUUUUCCUACCUGAACAGCCACCCCCACCUCUGCCACCUCCACCUCUUCUGCCCCAUAGUCUUACAAAUGGAGUGGCUCUUACUGCUGCCAAGGCCCCCCCAACACUCAUUAAGCAAAGCCAGCCCAAGUCUGCUAGUGAGAAGUCUCAGCGCAGUAAAAAAGCCAAGGAGUUGAAGCCGAAAGUCAAGAAACUUAAAUAUCAUCAGUAUAUUCCCCCGGACCAAAAGCAGGACAAGGGAGCUCCUCCCAUGGAUUCAUCCUAUGCCAAAAUACUGCAGCAACAGCAGCUCUUUCUCCAGCUUCAGAUCCUCAACCAGCAGCAGCAGCACUACAACUAUCAGACCAUCCUGCCAGCCCCACCAAAGCCUCCAGGAGAGCAGCAGAGUGGUGCCAGUGCCCCUGCUGUGCGCAAUCUCUCUGCCACAGUCAGCAACACAUCUUCAGUAUCCUCUGGUUCCAGUGGGCUGAUGCGGCAGAACAGUAAUGCUGCAGUCGGCAAGCCUGGCCCUCUCCCUGCCAACCUGGAUGAGAUGAAGGUAGCAGAGCUGAAGCAAGAGCUGAAGUUGAGGGCCUUGCCUGUCUCGGGCACAAAGACAGACCUGAUAGAGCGUCUCAGAGCUUACCAAGAGCAGAAUGGUGCAGCCAGCCAAACAGCCCCCACUCCCAAGCCCAGCACAGCAGCUGUCCUCCCAAAAGCUGCCGAAGUGGUAGUAGCUUUCCCAGCUGCCAGGCUGAGCACAGGGCAAGCUCUGGUCACCACUGGCAUUGCACCAGCAGAAGUAGUAGUGGCCACAGUCACCGGCAGCAGUGUGAUGAAGUUUGGCAGUACAGGUUCAACUCCUCCUGUUUCUCCAACUCCUUCUGAGCGCUCACAAAUGAGCACAGGGGAUGAGAACUCAGCCACUGGAGAUACCUUUGGAGAGAUGGUGACUUCCCCCCUGACUCAGCUCACCUUGCAGGCAUCUCCAGUGCAGUUUCUGGUGAAGGAGGAAAGCUCCAAGUCUGCCUCCUGCAGCAUAAAUGCGACGCCCAGGUCGGAGUGGUGUAGCACGGGUAACAGCAGAGAUGCAGAAGUUAGGGACAAGGACCAGAUGCUGCAGGAGAAGGACAAGCAGAUCGAGGAACUCACCCGCAUGCUGAAGCAGAAGCAGCAGCUGGUUGAGAUGCUUAGGCUACAGCUAGAGCAGGAGAAGCGCUCUCAGCAGUCACUAUCGGCCCCGCCGGCUGCGGCAGACGGAACAGCCAUUGCCCCCAGCCCAGCAUUUGACACCCAGGUCAAGAGUGAAAACGGUUUCCCGAGUUGCCAGUCUGCAAAGCAAUCCAGUGGCCAAACAGACCAAUUCAGCCCUGCACCAACCACUAGCCAAAUGGACACUUCGAAUGCAAGCCCGGUGCCAAAGAAAGCCGUGAUGGUGAAGCAGGAGGUGCCAGCCGCGGAAGCAGAGCCGCCGUGCCAGUCCCACAGCCCGCGGCUCAUCCUUGGCCAGCAAGGGAGUGCCCUGAGCGACCUCAUCAAGGGCACCCCUCCCCCCACCCUCAUUACUGACUCCACAGGGACCCACAUCGUCCUCACCGUGACCAAGCAGAGCGCCGAGAGGCAGGGCCUCUCACCCCAUGGGAAGGCAGGGAGUAACUGCCCGGCCUUGCAGAGAGUACAGUCAUCGCCCUCUAAAGCUUCCAGCCAAUCACCGCCUCAGCUACCUACAAGCAGCCCUCCACAGCCCACGCAGCAGCAGAAGCAGCAGCAGCAGCCCACACAGCAGCAGACCCUGCAGCAGACCCUGCAGCAGCAGCCCAGAGGACUAAACCAAUCUGUCAGGAAGCCCUCAUCGCAGCCUGGCUCUCCCGCUGCCCAUUCGCCAUCCCAGAUGGACCUGGAGCGACAACACCACACAACACUCUUUGGAAGUCCUCCACCUCCUCUCCCUGUUCCCUCAGCCCCAAUGAAAGAGCCACCAGGCUAUGAAGAGGCCAUGAAGCAACAGCCAAAGGCCCAGGAGAAUGGCUGCUCCAGCCAGCAGAUGGAUGACUUGUUUGACAUUCUCAUCCAAAGUGGAGAGAUUUCUGCUGACUUCAAGGAUCAGUCGUCCCCAGCUGGGAAAGAGCCCCCCGUGGCCCCGGUCUGCUCCCCACCGCCCAGCAGCCACCCUUCCUCAGAGCUGGUGCCGGUGUCCUUGGGGCAGCCUGUGCCCGUGGGCCGGCUGGAGGACUUCCUGGAGAGCAGCACUGGCCUCCCGCUGCUGACGGCAGGCCACGACGGGCCGGAGCCUCUGUCCCUGAUCGAUGACCUCCACAGUGAGAUGCUGAGCAGCUCGGCCAUCCUGGACCACCCGCCUUCACCUAUGGACACCUCCGAAUUGCACUUUGCUCAUGAGCCGUCUGGGGGCAUAGCCCUGGAUCUGGCUGAGGCUAACCUGGACAGCAUGGACUGGCUGGAGCUGCCAGGGGGGCCUGUCAUGAGCCUGGCUCCCCUUAGCACUGCGGCUCCCAGCCUCUUUUCCACAGACUUCCUUGAUGGACACGAUCUGCAGCUGCACUGGGAUUCUUGCUUGUAACUCUCUGA